CGAUCCUUGUUGUGCAUUUUUUCCCUUUUUUCCCUCUCUUCGCGCUCUUUCCGAGUCGGGCGAAGCUGCGAAGCCAGGGUUCUUGUUGAUACUACGUGCACCCACCACCACCUCUGCAUCACCUGUGGACUGAGCAUGAGGCUUUCCACCUGCACUUCCUCUGCUAACCAUCUGCACUUUUGUUUUCUGUCGGCCACCACUGGUUGCUGUCCUCCCCCUCUCGUUUAGCUGUAUAAAGAUAUUUUUGUUUGCGUUUACGUUUCCGCUGACGAUAGUCGUCUGCGCUUAGGCGGCGCGACACUCCGGCGCCUCACUCGCAGCUCCUCCUAGUCGCACCGCCAGCAUCUCACAGCCCGCCUCGGGUUUCUUGGAAUGGGAGAAGCCUCAACCACACGAACAUCGUGCCACCUACGUCCACACCUGAGCCAAUCCCAUCAAGCAAACAACCCGGGGAAGACAUCUAGAAGUGUUGGUGUGUCCUAGUCCUGCUCAACAAUCCCGCCUGGUUUAUAAUCCCCGACGAGAGACCUCCAGGCUCGCUCUAUCUCUUCUCUCUCUCUGUUCCAGCCCUACAACCUCAGUAUCACCAAAGCAUAAUUCCUUUAAUCAUUCUUUACUACUUCCCUUGUAUCUUCAGACGAAAAAUUGCAUAAUCUUUACUAUGGAAUUCUCAAACGACGGAAACUCCAUCUUUCACCGCUUCCAGGCCGCCUUCGUCCACGACGGGCAAGGGCAGCUCCUGUACUGCAGCGGGCCGCAAAAUGGCACGGUACACGAGCACUGGGACUCAAUCAGCCGGUGUCUUCCCAGCCAAGUCCGGACGGCAAUGGGCGAGAGACAACAGGUCGGAUCCGUGGACCUGGACGGAGCCCUCCAGGGCUCGAGGCUCUAUGAGAGACAGCGAUUCGGCGUCCGUACCACGGGCAUUAUCCUCAACGCCGCGGCCCAGAACAGCAACGCCCUCAGCGCACAAUUCGAGGAGUUCUUUGCCCAACUACUCCUAGACCAAGCAGACUUUGCCAUCCGCGACCCCGAGCUAAUGGCAUCGCCGUCCAGCGAAUCCCUGGCCGCCACCGAACAGAUCGUCGACCUGUUUGACAGCUUCCUCAGGUACCAGGGGAAGAACGACCAGUGGGAGGCUAGCGGCAGAGUCUACUUCACGGAUCGCGUCCGUCACUUCACCUCGCAAAACGCCAGAAUCGAUUUCUGCCUGCCAGCGUUCCCCUGCAAAUCGUCCAACACCAACAAGGUCCUCGGCAAAGCCCCUGAUCGCGGAGAACAGCUUGCUCUCGAGCGCCUGCACGGUUUCGUGGAGGCUAUCGAGAAGAUCUAUCCGCCGGGUGCCAAGAUGUGGAUCAUCAGUGACGGCCACGUCUUCAGUGAUUGCAUCGGAGUCGAUGAUGCCGAUGUCGACACAUACGGCGAGCAGCUGAAGGAGAUGAACCGUGCCGUCGGCGUCAGCAGAGGAAAAACCGACCGCGUCGGCUUCCGAUCGCUCGUCGACCUCUUUGAGCUGAAUGAGGCAAAGUCGCAGCACAAACUCUCCGAGCUCCAGAGCCGGCUCGACAUCCCCAACAUUGAUCACCACGUCGAGACCAAGUUGACAGUCGAGGCCGAGCUCUGCAGACAGAUCCUCAUGGCCGGUUGUCAGCCGCAGGAGUCAGCGGUGCGCGCCCAGAUCAAGUCGCAGAAGGCGGCGAUCCUGGCUUUGUACCGCGGCUUCUCGCGGUUCAUGCUCGAGGACCUCGAGCUGCACCCCUUUACACAGAAGAUGACCCGCAGCCAGAGGAAGAAAUUGUCAACAAAGGUGGCGUUCGAGAUGAUUAUGAGGAACCAAUCAUAUUCCAAUCUUGUCGAAUUGCUCCUCCCCAACUACGUCCGCCUUUCUAUUCAUGCCCACAACAACGCCGGGCCUAAGUUCGGUAUCCAACUCUUCGACCCCGCCGUCGUCCGCGCCGUCGAGGGCCUCUCGCCCGACGGCACGCCGAUGACCUCCCGAGACCUGCUCCACAUUCCCACGCCGUGGCACAACUGCCUCGUCGAGGUCCAAGGCAGCCCUUACCUCCUUGUGACCAAGGCCAGCGUGCCACGGGAGGCGGUGUCGUUGGGUGCCGUGACCGCAGAGAUUUCAACCAAGAACGCACCCUGCUUUGUUCUACGGCCAAAAAAGGGCGGCGUUACCACCCUCGACAAAGGAGAGGAAAGGAAGAAGUCAACCCCACUGUUGGUCAUUGAGGAGAAGCCCACGCCGGCUUUGAUACAGAGCCCCGUUCAGAGGCCGAAGGCGCCCAAGGGCCAGGGACGGUUCGACUGGGCUCGGAGGCUGGCCGCCUUCCCUGUCUUAUGCUGGCUGGGGGUGGUGUUCUACCACCGGGUUGUUGAGGCGUUUGUUUGAGGUUGGGCAAUGGAUAUAAUGCAAUGCUGCAUCGUGGGAGUUCUCCUUU